AUGCACACAUGUAGUGAUGGCCUGACCAGCUCCACAGAGAGCAUGGACACGUGUAGUGAUGACCUGACCAGCUCCACAGAGAGCAUGGACACGUGUAGUGAUGACCUGACCAGCUCCACAGAGAGCAUGCACACGUGUAGUGAUGACCUGACCAGCUUCACAGGGAGCAUGCACACGUGUAGUGAUGACCUGACCAGCUCCACAGAGAGCAUGCACACAUGUAGUGAUGACCUGACCAGCUCCACAGAGAGCAUGCACACAUGUAGUGAUGACCUGACCAGCUCCACAGAGAGCAUGCACACAUGUAGUGAUGACCUGACCAGCUCCACAGAGAGCAUGCACACAUGUAGUGAUGACCUGACCAGCUCCACAGAGAGCAUGCACACGUGUAAUGAUGACCUGACCAGCUCCACAGAGAGCAUGCACACGUGUAGUGAUGACCUGACCAGCUUCACAGGGAGCAUGCACACAUGUAGUGAUGACCUGACCAGCUCCACAGGGAGCAUGCACAUGUGUAGUGAUGAACUGACCAGCUCCACAGAGAGCAUGCACACAUGUAGUGAUGGCCUGACCAGCUCCACAGAGAGCAUGCACACGUGUAGUGAUGACCUGACCAGCUCCACAGAGAGCAUGCACACAUGUAGUGAUGACCUGACCAGCUCCACAGAGAGCAUGCACACGUGUAGUGAUGACCUGACCAGCUCCACAGAGAGCAUGCACAUGUGUAGUGAUGACCUGACCAGCUCCACAGAGAGCAUGCACAUGUGUAGUGAUGGCCUGACCAGCUCCACAGAGAGCAUGCACAAGUGUAGUGAUGGCCUGACCAGCUCCACAGAGAGCAUGCACAUAUGGAAAUAG